AUGGUCGGUAUGCACGUCGGAGCCGCCAAGGGCAACAGUGCCGUCCGCGAGGAUGUGCCUGAGUUCGAGAAGGUCAUUUGGUACAAGGACCCAAACAUGCGAAAGCUGUUCUGGCACUCGUCGGUCCUUUGCAUUGCCUCCGCCACUACUGGUUAUGACGGCAUGAUGAUGAACUCUUCGCAGCAGAUGAGCAGAUGGCAGGACUACUUUGAUGAGCCUACCGGUAACCGCCUGGGUCUCAUGAACAACAUGUACAACAUCGGUUCGAUCGUCAGCUUCUUCCUCGUUCCCUUCCUGACCCAGUGGACCGGGCGUAAGAUUCCAAUCGCCGUCGGCUGCUCCAUCAUGAUUGCUGGUGCCCUUGUCUCGACCUUCUCUACGAACUGGCAGAUCUACAUGGGUGGCCGUUUCAUCCUUGGUUUCGGUAACUCUUUCGCCCAGAUGUGUUCGCCUAUUCUUCUUACCGAGAUCUGCCAUCCUCAGCACCGUGGUAUCUUCACUGCCGUAUACAACUGUCUCUGGAACUUGGGUGCUCUUUUCGUCGCAUGGAUCGCAUGGGGUACAUCUCAGGCGGACAACCACUGGUCUUGGAGGUCCAUCACUCUUCUUCAGGCUCUGCCUUCGUUCCUCCAACUCUGCUUCCUUUGGUGGGUUCCUGAGAGCCCACGUUGGUUGAUCUCCAAGGAGCGCUACGAAGAGGCCCUGGACACUCUCGCCUACUACCAUGCCGGAGGUGACCGUAACAACGCCACAGUUCAGUUCGAAUACGUCGAGAUGAGGGAGGUCAUUCGUCUGGAAGCCGAUGCCAACAAGAACUCCAGCUACGUCGACUUUGUCAAGACCAAGGGUAACCGAUGGAGGUUGGCCAUUCUCAUCUCUCUCGGUAUCAUCUCCCAGUACUCUGGCAACGCGCUCUUCUCCAACUACAUCAACUUGGUCUACGAGGGUGCUGGUAUUACCAGCGAGAACCAGAAGAUGGGUCUUACCGGUGGUGAACGUAUCUUGGCUCUCUGUGUGUCCGUCUACGCAGCUACCCUGAUCGACAAGGUUGGUCGUCGCCCGCUCUUCCUCGGCGCAACCACUGGUAUGGUCGUCUCAUUCGUCUGCUGGACCAUCACCUGCGCCAUCUAUGAGAACUCCGGCGACACCAACUCCGCAGCCGGUUACGCUCAGAUUCCGUUCGUCUGGAUCUUCGGUGUUUUCUACGCUUUCGCCUGGUCUGGUCUACUCGUUGCCUACGCUCUCGAGAUUCUGCCUUACGCUCUCCGUGCUAAGGGUCUCAUGAUCAUGAACAUCACUGUGCAGGCUAUCCUCGCCGUUGGUGGUCAGACGAACCCCGUCGCAUGGGACAACCUUCCCAAGCACUGGAACUUGGCUCUCUUCUACACUCUCUGGAUCACCGUCGAGCUUGUCUUUGUCUACUUCGUCUACCCCGAGACCAAGGGACCUACACUUGAGGAGAUUGCCCGUAUCUUCGACGGCCCUGCCGCUGUAGCUCCUGUGGACAUGGACGCCAUCGCCAGACAAGCUGCUAAGGAGCGCCUCAACAACUUCGGUGAUGAGAAGGAGCCCCAUGUCGAGCAGAGCCACGUUGUUUAG